AUGGCGAUGGUCAGCCAGGUAACGGCCACCUUCACCUUUGACCUCGCGCCGCACGCGCCAGCCGCGUGCCCCUCGGCAAUGAUGGCGUUUGCCACCGGCGGCGACUCGAACGGUGUCGUGCCCCCGACGCUCGACUGCGCGCUGCUGGCCACGCCGCUCCCGGCAGUAAACUACCUGUGCGAGGCGCGUCUCCGCCUGCUGUCGAGCCUGCCCUCUAUCGGGCUGGCAUGGAGCCUGUGGUGUGGGCGGUGCGGCGCGCUGCGCGAGGGGCAGGGCGGAGCAGAGGCUUACUCAGGCGCCAACACGCCAAAGGGGCGCAGCAAGAAGCGGCGCGCAGCGGCGGCCUUCGAGGCCGAGUUUGACGCCGAGCCAAAAGACGAGUUUGAGCACGAGCUCCACGUCACGCUUGCUGCGCUUGCGCGCGCGCCGGCGCCGCCGGCCACCCCGCCCGCGCUGGCCCCGCAGCGCAGGCGCAAGAACCCGCGCUGUACCGCCUGUGGAGAGAAGUUUCGGCGCCCGACCCCCACGCCGCCCCCGUUCGCGCCGGCGCGGACGGUCGCGCGCACGCGUCGCGCAUCGGCCCUCGCGGCAGAGGUGACGGUGCCGGCGGCGACCUCGACGGCGGAUGAGUCACCCGACUCGCACGACCAGCGCACGGACGAGCAAGUAGCGUCAUCCCCGGACAACAACGGAACGGCACUAGCCGCCGCUGUAGCUGCACCACCGCUCACGCGCACCCCGUCGCUGGCCCACAUCCCCACGUCGCACCCCGUCACCCCGACGUAUCCCAAGCCACCGGUCGUCCCGCCGCCAGCGUCGAACGGUGCCAGCCCGGCUGGGCAGCUGCCCAUCUCGCCGCCUGCCAAGAAGCGCAAGAUUAAAAAGUCGGGCCUCGCAAAGCUCCUCGCGCACAACGCGGCGCGCGAGGCGCAGAAGAGCGGCUCUGGCAACUGGGGUCUCGGGUAG